AUUUUAGAGUCAUACUAACGCAGCAAAACUCUGGCAUGUCACGAGACGUCUGUUCCGAUUGUGGAAGUCAAGUUGUCACAUUGGAAUCCGAGGAAGAAGACAAGUUCGUUACUGCAAAGUUCAUUUCGUUAUAUGAAAAUGGAUCUGUUGGAUACUGGCUGGGCAUUAAGAAAACAGAAAAUGGAUCUCUUCCCAAUGUGAGCUACAACAACUUCAGCCCAGUUGAAAUGAAUGGCGGCCUAAAUGAGAUGUGUUUCGGCGUCUAUGAAGCAGCAAACUGGACUUGGGUGGACCUGAGGUGUGAUAUGAAUUAUAACAUUCACGUUGUCUGCGAAACGGUUCCAUGAAUACACCCGUGUAUUAGAAUGUAUAACAUAAGGAGUGGGGUAUUGAAAUACUCAACACACUUAGGAAAUACGAUUUCUGAAAAGUUUAAAGCAAAUUAAUGUACCCUAUUUGGAACAAUUGAUAAUUAAACAUACUUAACUUAUGUGUUUUACGUGAAUAACAGCAUUCAAAAAAUAUUGCAAAAAAUAUACAUGAAGAACAACUUUAUACAACUGAAUAUUCAAACAUUAAAUUAAAGUAGAU